AGGUGUACUUGCUCUGCGAAAAGGGAAAGACACUCUGCAUGUGCUCAAAGACAUUUAUUUGAUAAAAUUAGCUGUUGCUUUACUAGAAAAGCAUCCUGCAACUAUUUUAAAUAAAAAACGUUUAGGUAAAGAUAACAGUGAAGGACCCCUGGACAGUUAAGUCCAGUUGAAUUCAACUAUGGGCUGUGGCGCUCAUCUCUGCUUUCAGAGGAUGCGGUGUUUGUCUGCAGACAGCUUUUCCAGGUCAUAUGGCAAGCAUGACUAAACUGCUUCUGGCACACAGAACACCAUGACGAGUGCCAGACAUAUCUACUCGUGCUGGUGUGCUUUUGAGCUGCUAGGUUGGCAGGAGCUGGGACAAAGGGGAGUUACUCUGAGGCAAAUACCUUGUGGAACUGAAGUCCGUGAACUCAUUCAAGAAAGUAGUGUAAAAUGACAUGUUAACUGACUGAAACACGAUUGAUGGUGUGUGGUUUAUAUGUUUAAAGAUGGUGCUUACAGACCAUAGAUAGGAACAGAAAAUAUGGAUUACUUUUCCCUUAGCGUAAUAAUCAUAGAGCAAGGCAUAGGAGCAAACUCCUAGAGGCCAAGGGGUGUUCGGCCACCCCAAUAAAAUAUUUGAGGGGGCCAGCCCUCAAAUGGUGUGCAUGCACUGCAUCAUGUGAUUGAUUAUGGGGUGCGGGCCUUAUCUCCCCCCCCCAAUAUUUUAUACAAAUUGCCCCCCUGAAGCGAGGGUAGUUAAAUAUUGGUACAAUUGAUUUUUAUGCUUAUACAUAGAAUGAUACAUUUAAAUGUUUGUCUAGAUGUCUAGAAUCUAGAUCAAUAUUUGUAUAGAACAAUGAUGUAGCAGUUAUUCCUACCUCAUUAAUCUGUGUCAUUAUUUAUUAAAUUUCUACCCCAGCCUUCAUCUCAAAGGACUCCAGGGUGACAAACACCAAAAUCUUAAAACAAUAAUAAUAAAAGGAUAUACAAGCUUCUGCAAGUGCCAUUACAGAAGAUUAAAGUAUUAUCUAUGUAGUUAGUGAAGCAUCAAAAUAGUACUCUGAAAUCACAAGCUGGGUUAAGGGUUUCCAUAAGUCUGUUAUCUCCAAGAGUACAACAAAAUCCAGGUGAUUUCUUUUAUACCCUUUGGAUAGCCAGUCUGUUGGUGCUGGUUUGCCAUUUCUGACUGCUGCCUGGGGAGCAAAGCCAAGAGUUGACUGUAGCCUGUCAUCUGCUCAGUGCCAUGAUUUCUCACUUCCCGUAUGGUUUUGCAUUCACCAUUUCCCAUCAGCCUAAAGACAGUUACUAAAAGGGGUGGAAUUCCCAAGAGACCUGUUCUUUCUCUUCUACAGUCUCUGGAUGAGCAGCCCAGCAUUGUGGUUCCCCACUGCGCCCUCUGUUUUCUGCUAGCAGGAUUUCCAGCAGAAAGACAACAAAGCCGCUGCUGCUCUUGAAAACUGCAUUUGGUAGGGUUGGGGGAAGGAGGGAGAGUUGCUGUUUUCAGGAAAUGAAGCAGGAAGUCUGAUCGAAAACUGCACACACAAAAGGCAGCUUAACUAAAAAGAAGUGUGUGCACUGGAAACGGGUGAAAAAUAAACUGAUAUGGCUGUUUCUAAAUUACAAAAUUCUUGCAUGUGUGUGGACCUGUAGUGGAAGUGCUAACUACAAUCAUUGUAGCAAGUACUGCCAGAUGUUCCCUAUUUCAAGCUGUGUGAUUAGGGCCCUGCGCAUCUGUAAUUAUCCAGCCAGACUGCAAAGCCGCUUGCCACACUUUACAGCACUCCAGGCCACCUCCACACUGUGGAGCAAUGGCGCUCCGGACUGUGCUAGAGACUGUCGAAAGUGGGGAGCAAGAUACUAUUCUCAAGGUGCUGCAGAUCUACAACCAGGAGAAAUCACAGUGUUUCACCUUUGAAGAUGAGGAACAGGAAGAAAGGAGGAAACUGGCUGCGCUUCUGAUCAAGUUUCUGGAGAGGGUACUGCAGCCAUCCUGCCAGGUAACCUGUUUGGAAAGCAUACGGAUCCUGUCCCGAGACAAAAGCUGCCUUGGCCCUUUCACAACCAUGGAAGGCCUGAAGACGCUGGCCAGGCACGCAGGGAUUGAUUACGCAGAAGAGCAGAUUCUGGAGGUUCCAGACCUCGAAGUGAUCCUGGAGGCGCUCAAGUGUCUCUGCAACAUUGUCUUUAGCAGCCCCCGGGCUCAGGAGCUGACCUCCGAAGCCCGGUUCGUAGUGGGCCUCACAGACCGCAUCAAACUCUACAAUGAGAGAAAUCUCCCGCACGAUAUAAAGUUCUUUGACUUGCGCCUUCUCUUCUUGCUGACGGCAUUGAGGGUGGACAUCCGGCAGCAGCUUGCGCAGGAACUCCGGGGUAUCGGUCUGAUGACUGAUACCUUGGAACUCACCCUGGGAGUCAAAUGGCUAGACCCGCACGAAGUAGCUGCUGAGGGGAACCCUUCUGCUCCUUUACCUCGGCAGGAGGUGGAGCGUGCCAUGGAGAUCCUGAAAGUGCUCUUCAAUAUCACAUUUGACACUGGCAAGAAGGAGGUAGAUGAGGAAGAUGCUGCUCUGUACCGACGCCUGGGUGCCCUCCUCCGUCACUGCCUGAUGAUUUCAGCAGAUGGUGAAGAUCGGACAGAAGAAUUUCACAGCCACACAGUCAACCUUCUGGGCAAUCUGCCUCUCAAGUGUCUGGAUGUCCUGCUGGCCCCCAAGGUGCAUCCGGGCUCUCUUGAAUAUAUGGGAGUCAACAUGGAUGCUGUCAAUGUUCUGCUGGAUUUCCUUGACCGACGUCUUGACAGGGGUCACAAGCUUAAGGAGAGCCUGACCCCUGUGCUGAACUUGCUGACUGAGAGUGCUCGAGCCCAUCGGCAGACUAGGAAAUUCCUUAAAGCUAAGGUACUCCCUCCACUGCGGGAUGUGAAAAAUAGACCGGAGGUGGGGAACUUGUUGAGAAAUAAGCUUGUGCGCCUCAUGACUCACAUUGACACUGAUGUCAAGCAUUGUGCUGCGGAAUUCCUCUUUGUUCUCUGCAAGGAGAGUGUGUCACGGUUUGUGAAGUACACGGGAUAUGGGAAUGCUGCGGGGCUCCUGGCAGCCCGAGGCCUCAUGACAGGAGGUCGGACAGAAGGAGAAUAUUCUGAGGAUGAAGACACUGAUACAGAGGAAUACAAGGAGGCAAAACCCAACAUUAACCCUAUAACGGGACGUGUGGAGGAGAAGCUUCCCAACCCAAUGGAGGGGAUGACGGAUGAGCAGAAAGAGGUUGAAGCAAUGAAACUGGUGAACAUGUUUGACAAGCUCUCAAGACAACGAGUCAUCCAACCAAUGGGAGUCAAUCCAGAUGGCAAUUUAACCUCUCUCAAUGUAACCUCCUUGGAGGAUGCUGUCCAUCAGAUAUCUGAGGAGAGAUUAUCAUCUGACUCUGACUUGGAAUUGGACUGAAUUUUUUUCUCCUGUUCCUCAAAAACCUAUGGACCCUCUAUUCUCCCUCUGUAACAGGUGCUGUAUCAGGAGACCAGUCCCAAGAAAGGACUUCCCAUGGGAUGGAUCUCCACUGCCCAGAGUGGUAUAACAUCUGUUUCUUCUCUAGCUCUAUAACACCUCCUACCUUAGAGCUCUCUUUACAGCUUAGCUCUUUUGAUCUAUUUUCCCUCUGUGUCCACAAGAUUAUUACACUCGGAUUCCAAUGAUUUUUGAGCAGAAAUUUUAUGGAGGGAAGGGCAAUCUCUUAUUAUAUCAAGGAGGUUUAGUAGCACUUAAGGGUGCUGUGAGUGCACUGCACAGUUACUUGUAUGGGACUAAAAUGUGGUACACACAGGUGAUACAUGUUUGUGUGUGCGCGCGUGUGCACAUUGAUACUUGUGCAAAGCACAUAAUGCAGCAACCAUACAGCGUAGUGGUGUUUAAAACACACGGAUACUCUUGACAAAUGUAAAUGUCUAUUUGCACACACGACUGGGACAUAUUAUAGAAAUGUGUGAACAAUGAGAAGCCUGGAAUUUUUUUACAUGUGAAAUGCAAGAAAGCAUACUCCUGGAGGCAUAUAAGUGCAAUGUAUGUGGCAAUCAGUUACAUUUUAGGCAGUUCCUUUAAGACACAUUGCAUGUGUAUGGAAACAUGCAGGUAAGGAAAUAAGCAUUGUUAAAAUAGAUGUAUAUGUGGGGUAUGUGUCCAUUAUCUGAGAUAAUGUGCAAAACUCAGACAUCCUUUGCUCACAGCAACAUUAAUGUUGGUGUUUGCUGAUAAUCUGGGGCCAGGAGGCCUCUAAUCCCCCCUAUAACCUUGACACCAUGUUCCUCUUUCUACCAUGUUUAGUUUCUGGAUUAAUCUCACUCUGUGCUCUUCAGACAAAAGGCAAUGACCAAUUGCUUAACCGCACUCUAAAUAAUCUGCUUCAGUUGCCCUGUAUCCAUAACACUGCAUUCACCCUGCUAUGUACCUUCAUCCUGAUCAUAGGCUUUUCUGUUUAAAAAAGCAGCCCCCAUCUCCUACUUUGUUUCCAACUUUGCCAACAAUUUCUGAACUUAGCACAAAUAUAAAGAUUUUCACUAGAAUAAAUGAAGCCUUCAGAUAACAAU